AUGUCGCCCCCUGUCGUGGUCGUCAUCCGCGCCUUGGACCAGCGCAUACAAGCUCUCGAUCUCCCCUCUCUAGUCUUCCACGAUGCUCCUGCUAUCCUGACCCAGCACUACCACGACUACCGCAAUGCCGCCGCCAAGGCUUCCACAUCCUACGCCACCGGCGGCGCUGCCUCUCUACCGGUCCUCUUCGCCCACCUCCAACCACACAUGGCCAUCUCGCCGGACGGCGUCUUGGACCCAGAAUAUUAUCGAACCAUCGUCGACCAUAUUCUCAAGGCCUGCCUACCCCCCGAGGAUUACGAGCCAGAAGCAGAACGCAUUAUCGUUCGAGAAAUAAUCGUCAAGGUCCUCCUCAACGACCUGAUUCCUCGGAUUACCCAGCCGUGGUUCAUUCACAAGGCAAUUCUGGACCUCAUCGGUCCACAGGAGACCCCUAUCUACAAGUCACAGCCUGUAACUCCAGCCGCCUCAUCCCAGCCAUUUUCCUUCCAUAACAUUAUUGUCAUCGUCCUUUCAGCCCUCCAGUCCUUCUCCGGCAUGUGCCUUGCUAUAAUCCACGCUUACAAGCAAGCUAUCACGACCAUAAAGCUCGUCCAGCAAUCCCCUCCUCGGUCACCUCAGCCCCCCACUCUAGCCGUACCAACGCCGACCCACCUUCCACCCGAACUACUAGCUCCUGCUCUAGCUUCUAAGCCAUCACAAUCUCGGCAUACACCGUCUCUCAGCAACGCCCCAUCAACCACCUCGACUUCAUCCCUUCCCUCCUCGUUUUCCACCGCAGCCUCAGCAGUCCCCGUGCAACCUUCCUAUCUUACGUCGAUAUCUCAUUCAGCAGAGCUUACCGACCACAACUACCCCGCCCCGCUCCUUGCCCUCCUCUCCGAAAUCAUCUGUGCAACAGACCGCUUCACCGCUACCGUCCUCUUCACCACCCUUUCCAUGCUGGCGGCGUGCUUCACGUCGUUCCUCGACAAGCUCCUGCCCCACAUGCUUUUCAACUUCCUUUCGCCAGCCUUCGUCUUCAACAUCACAAGAACGGGAAAGAGGACCCUGUUCCCGAAUGGGUAUCCUGGCCCGCCGCCAAUAGACCCUUCGCCAGAGGAACAGGCGGAGAUACGAGCGCGGUUGCUCGCAUGGAGGGGGAAAGCUGGCCUUGCGCUCGUCCUGCCUCUCCUGGUAGGGCCUGAUCCCUCUCAGACGAUUGCACAGGCAUUGGAGCCCCUGAGCAACGCCCAAUGCAACCGCCACCUCAUCGUCUUCCUCCUCGACCGAAUACUCAUCGGCUUGUUUCCUGAGCUCGGCGGUGCGGCGAUGUCGUCAUGA